AUGGCACUAAAGGAUGCCGAAGCCGCCAAGGAGCGCUACCGGUCAAUGGAGGCCGAGCUGGAGACCAUGCGCAACGAGCGCGCGACCGAGGCUCGCAGUCGUAAGGUGGAGGAGGAGAAGAUGAAGGCCCGAGAGGACGCCAUCACCUGUCGUGACGCUGAGUUGGAGCAGUUGGCGAGGGCGCAGGCCGCAGAGCGCAGCCAUCUGGAGAAGCUCGAGCGGGAGGUGGAGGCAGAGAAAACCCAGCUGGAAGCCAAGGCGAAGGUUCUGGCUGAGGAUCACGCGGCCUUGAAGUCCCUUGAGGAGAGAUCCCGCGAGGCGCUGGGGGCACUCUACGAGAAGGGCUUGGAGAAGCCACUGGUGACAGACGACGAAGGCCCCGCUCAGCUACUUCCUUACCUUGUCGUGGUGCUGGAGGUGAGCUGCUCGAGCCCGUGGAGGAGGAGCGCUGCACAGCUGCUGCCGCAGCCAUGA